AUGGCCACCUUCGAGCUGUACAGGCGGUCCACCAUCGGCAUGUGCCUCACCGAGACGCUCGACGAGAUGGUCUCCAGCGGCACCCUCAGCCCCGAGCUCGCCAUCCAAGUGCUAGUCCAGUUCGAUAAGUCUAUGACGGAGGCACUGGAAAACCAAGUGAAGAGCAAGGUUACUGUCAAGGGCCAUCUGCACACCUACAGGUUCUGCGACAACGUGUGGACAUUCAUAUUAACCGACGCGCAGUUCAAGAACGAGGAGACGACCGAGCAGGUGGGCAAGGUGAAGAUCGUGGCCUGCGACUCCAAGCUACUCAGCCAAUAA